UCCUCUCAAAAGUUAAAAGUGACAUUCACAACACAAUUCACCUUCCUUUUCAGGGGUAAGAAAAUGACACACUACUGCUGAAGAGAGAGGCAUCUGAGUGGCUCCUGCUGAAGAGAAAGGGGUCUGAGGGGCUCCUGCUGAAGAGAAAGGGGUCUGAGGGGCUCCUGCUGAAGAGAAAGGGGUCUGAGUGGCUCCUGCUGAAGAGAAAGGGGUCUGAGGGGCUCCUACUGAAGAGAAAGGGGUCUGAGUGGCUCCUACUGAAGAGAAAGGGGUCUGAGUGGCUCCUGCUGAAGAGAAAGGGGUCUGAGGGGCUCCUGCUGAAGAGAAAGGGGUCUGAGUGGCUCCUGCUGAAGAGAAAGGGGUCUGAGGGGCUCCUGCUGAAGAGAAAGGGGUCUGAGGGGCUCCUGCUGAAGAGAAAGGGGUCUGAGGGGCUCCUGCUGAAGAGAAAGGGGUCUGAGUGGCUCCUGCUGAAGAGAAAGGGGUCUGAGGGGCUCCUGCUGAAGAGAAAGGGGUCCGAGGGUCUUGCUAUUUCACCUCUCUGGUUCGUGUGUCGUGGCACCAACAGGCAGCCAGCAGUGAGCAUGGCCAGCAUUGUGCAUCAGCUGUCUUCUUCUGAUGAGGACUCUGAGGACAGCCUUCCUGACCUUGCCAGGGGUGUGGAAGCCUCAAGACCUCCAGAGGGGUUGGCAAAACGCAUGGAGGAACCCGAGGCUGUGGACUUGACCCUGAGCAGCCCCAUGAGAGACACUGCACCAGAGGAGGAUGACUGGGAUGAUUGCAUACUCGAGGACACUGGUAUGCUGGAAGACCCACAAGAAACAGAUGAGAGAGAGAACCAUAUCUUAGAGGCAACUGACAUACAUGAGGGAAUAGAGGAAGUGAAUGAUCUAGAGAACCAAAUAUUUGAUGCAACGGAUAUGGAUGAAGGCUUACGGGAGGCAGAGGGCAAUGAAAACUGUAUAUUAGAAGCAACGGAUAUGGAUGAGGGGAUACAAGAUGAUGCACAUGAUAUGGAGAACUGUAUAUUAGAUGCGACGGACAUGGACGAAGGCUUGCAGAAAGUGAACGAGAUGGUGGAAGGAGGAUAUGAAGAGGUGGACAUGGGUAUUGGCACACAGGAUAUGAUGGAGGCAGUGAGGGAGAGGCCCGAGGAAGGCUUCACCCCACCCAGGCACAAAGCGCCAAGACUCAGCACAGAGGAGCUGCAGGAUGAUGAGAUCUGCUUCCUGGAUGAGGUGCCCAGCUUCCAGGAGUCUCGUCCCGGGCAAACUAAGGCUACUGGAAGGGGCCCCAAGAAACCAGGGAAGGCAUCGACAAAGGAGGAGCGCGAGGCAGCUAAGCAGCAGCGGGAGGAGGAGAAGCGGCAGCGUGCAGCGGAGAAGGAGCAUCGCAUGGCCCUGAGACAGCAGCGUGCAACGGAGAAGGAGGCAGAGAAGGCGAGACGCACGGCAGAACGCAAUGCUCGGAAAGCCAUGAAGCCCGGGGAGUGUCUCAAGCUGCUGGUGGUGGAGCUGGACCGCAGGCUGGUGGAGGCCGGUGAGGGCGGGCGAGUGCUCAGCCAGCUGCAGGAGGCGGGUGUGGCCUGCCGCGUGGUGGAGAGCAGAGUGGCCGCUUCCAUCACCUUCUUCAGAGUUGACCCUCUUUCUGGCGAGGAGAGCCAGGCGGAGGAGGUGGUGGUGGUGGUGCAGGUGGAGAGCUUCGUGGCAGCAGUGCGGAGGCAGGUGUACGGUGGGGGGGACAAGGGGUCCCUGUGUCACCUCUGUGGCCAGUGGAAGGCGGCCCUGGGCACCCCCAACCUGGCCCUCGUGGUGUGUGGGCUGGACGACUACUUGAGGAAACAGAUGUUCGAGAAGCAGCGACAAAUCCGUUCCACCGUGCUGGGGGAGGAGCCCAGGCGGCGCGGCCCUUCCUCCGCCUCUUCCUCUAAGGUCAUCAACAGAGUGGACGUGGAGACAGCCCUGGUGGCGGCCCAGAUGGAGUGCCACGUCAACCAUCGCCUGCUGCCCGACGGAGGGAAGGUGGCACUCUACAUCCAGCAGGUGGCGAAGGCUGUGGCGGAGCUGCCCUAUAAACGCGAGAAGGGUGAUGCGCUGUUCUCCUGGUACGCAGAGGGCAGCAGCGUGAACAGCGUCAAGGUGGACCGGAGCGGUGUGGGGCUCUUCAAGCUCUGGCAACAACAGCUGAGGCAGUUCAAUCAUGUCGGGGUGGAGGUGGCCCAGGCAGUGACCAGCAAGUACCCCUCACCCAUGGCUCUUGUGCAGGCAUACCAUCGUUGUGGCAGCCAGCGUGAGGCAGAGCAGCUGCUUGCGGACCUACGUGUGCGGCGCAGCGUGGGGCCCCUCGUCUCGGAGCAGCGCGUGGGCAAGGAGUUCUCCAGGAAGCUGCACCUCUUCCUCACCUCCACCAACCCUGACCAACCCCUCGCAGCGAACUCUUGAUCCUGAUCACACCUGACCUCCUUUUGAAUCCGUGUUCUUAAACGUCUCAACACCUCAGGUCACCAGUUUGUAAAGUCUCUCGUAGAAGUUCUUGGGAUUUUCAUGGACAGUUUUGUGAGCCUAGUGAUAGUUUUACAUGGCUCCUGCACCUUGAAUGGGAAAAUCAUCCUUGAAAACUUGCUUAAUCUUUUCUGCGGCCUUGGAAAAUAGUUGUAAUGGGAGACCAAUACUUUUUGAAAAUAUGAACCUUAACACCUCCCUGACCAGCCCCUCGCAGCAAAGACCUAGCUGACCUGACCUCCCUCAACACAGCCCUGACCCAACCCCUUACAGCAAACACCUGACCCUGAGCUGACCUGACCUCCCUCAACACAGCCCUGACCCAACCCCUUACAGCAAACACCUGACCCUGAGCUGACCUGACUCAACCCCUUACAGCAAACACCUGACCCUGAGCUGACCUGACC